UGGGCCUUCCCCAGAUAAUCCCGUUCCCCCUUCUGGCCUUUUUUUCCCAACAUCCUUUCUUUAACGCGACAAAAAGAAAUCCACCUACAAACCACGAACACACUGCCAGGAACCGCGCCUGGCAAAAGAAUCGAGAGAACAAUACUUCCAAAACCUUCGCAUAUGGGCCCACCGACCGCUUCCUAUACAUCCUCCUGCGUCUGCACCCUGGCCGUCAGCGCGACUCCAAAUAUUAUUCUAGCUUUCGGGCUCUCCAAGACUGAAGCCAGCUUUGGCUCCUUGAUUGAUCGUGCAGCCGCAGGAGGUCCGCCUUGAAUAGGGCGGACGGUAAUAUUUGAUCUCAAAUACAAAGAUUGGAUGUGCGCAGUUUCCCAGAACUGUCGGGAAUGCAAUUACUAACAGAAACUGCUUAGAAUCAGGUCGAGGCUUGAUUAAGCGAAGCAGUUGGACUUUUGAAUUCAUAUCCACCCACUAGCUCACAUGGCGCUGUUCACCUUCGAUCACGACGAUGCUCACCUAGGGCAAAAUAAGGCGCAACAUGAAACCUCCUCUACUACCAAUUGCGCUGGGACGAUCGUGAAUGGAAUGGCUAUGGACAUCGAUAUCCCCAACGCCGGCUCAAACGCAACUUCGGGAACCCCUCCAAUGAACAUAUCUUCCACUGCACCCAAGCGUUCACUACAGCCGGCUGCUGUCAAUGGAAACCAGCAGCUCGCGCCGCCGGAAAAGUUGGAUUUCGAGGCUGUCCUGAAGAAAGCUCAGAAGAAGAAAAAGAAGAAGCGAGCCAUGAAGCCUGGCGCUCCAGCUGCGACCACUGUCCGUGGAUUUCAGACACCCGUCACAUCUGGCGGGGAGGAAUCCGACUUCUCGGUCUCGAUCACGAGCACGCCGCGACUUGGACCAAUCUCAAAGCUCCCUAGCAUCACCAGUAGCCCAGCGCUGAAACCAUUGAAUGGCCAUGGGGGCAUCACGAACCUCAAGCAACAACUCGAGAGUUUGAACAUUGGCUCCCGGUUCGAUUCGCCAUUCCGAGGAACCUUUCCCGGAGUAGCAUCGGGUCUUUCGAGCAAUGCAAGCGUCUCCGGACUUGAUAGUGACAGCGACCGGACUGAAAUGGAGAGCUACGAAAUCAAUCUGGAAAAUGAUUUCAUCAGUCAAGAUGCUCCUUCCAAGACAUCGACCAUGACAUCUGCGCUUGGAAGGGUCGAUUCUGACCAAUACAUGCGUAAGAUGACCGCAGAAGAUUUCGAGCCCUUGACUUGUCUCGGGAAGGGUAGUUUUGGUACUGUUCUGCUUGUCAAACAACGCGCGACCGGUCGUCUCUACGCACAGAAACAGUUCAAGAAAGCUUCCAUCACCGUGCAUAAACGACUUAUCGAACAAACCAAGACCGAGCGGGCUAUUCUUGAGAGCGUGAACCGACAUCCUUUUGUAGUCAAGCUCUUUUACGCUUUCCAAGAUCACGAAAAACUCUAUCUUAUCCUUGAGUACGCACAAGGCGGGGAGCUCUUCCAUCAUCUUGCGACUCAGCGCAUGUUUUCCGAGGACGUCACGGCAUUUUACAUGGCGGAAAUGGUACUCGCUCUUGAUCACUUGCAUCGCACUGUUGGCGUCGUUUACCGCGACUUGAAGCCUGAGAAUUGCUUGUUGGAUUCCGAGGGUCAUCUCCUACUCACCGAUUUUGGCCUGAGCAAGGUUGCCGUUGACGAGGAUGCGAAAUGCAACUCCUUCCUCGGAACGAUCGAAUAUAUGGCUCCAGAGGUUAUUCAGGGCGCUGAAUAUGGCAUGGCCGUAGACUGGUGGUCUCUUGGCGCGCUCGGGAUGGAUCUUCUCACUGGGUCUCCACCAUUCACGGGAAACAAUAAUGCAAAAAUCCAGGAAAAGAUCCUCAAGCAGAAACUUGUACUUCCUUUCUACUUGAGUGCCGAUGCGAAGGACCUUCUCACCCGUCUGCUCCGCAAAGAGCCCAAGAAGCGUUUGGGUUCGAAUAUGCCUAAAGACCUCCAGACGAUCAAGUCUCAUCGGUUCUUCCGCAAGAUCAAUUGGAAGAAGUUAGAGGCUAGAGAGUUGGAACCGCCUAUCCAGCCCCUCAUUACCGACCCCGAGUUGGCCGAAAAUUUCGCGUCGGACUUCACAGAUCUGCCUCUCAGCCCUGUCGCCACGAGGAAGGGGUUUGACGAGUUCAUGGCGGCGAGUGAGCAGGAUCCUUUCGGUGGGUUCAGCUUUGUAGCCAGCCAAAGCCUUCUCGAGAGCGGCUUCCUUGACGACUGAGUGCUGUUGCACCAAUCCAUAUCUGUUCCGACCUUCAGUCACGUUUUUGCUAUCGCCAUCAUUCUCUGCCAUUCUUUGUUUACAGUUGCUAGAAAUGCAUGGCUCCUGUUUUCUUAACGCAUUCUGCUGGUACCAUACUGGCUAUUCAUUGUGGGCGAAUUUCAUACAUCUUUCUUACGGAGGACAUAAUUGCAAGCGGCCGGUUCAUCAAUUCAUUUUGCUUUCCGUCUUAGUGCUACGGUUGCCGCAUCUUGCCGGUUAGAAACCAUGGCAUUCUACAUCUAUCAACAUGGUCUUUUAUUCUUGGAGCGCAAUCGCACCUCUUCUCUUGACUGUGAAUGUGAACGACAUGAACGACACUGCCGCUCGGUGCACUUACAUGCUGAUAUGCUGAAGUUUCAGAUAAGUAC